AUGGUGGGCGACGCGUCGGUGCCGGUGCACGGACUCGUGGUGGGCGGCCAGGACGCCGCAGAGAACGAGUUCCCCAGCCAGUCUGGAGAUGGUGUGGAGGUGCGCAUUUCGGAGUCUGGAGAUGGUGUGGAGGUGCGCAUUUCGGAGUCUGGAGAUGGCGUGGAGGUGCGCAUUUCGGAGUCUGGAGUUGGUGUGGAGGUGCGCAUUUCGGAGUCUGGAGAUGGUGUGGAGGUGCGCAUUUCGGAGUCUGGAGAUGGUAUGGAGGUGCGCAUUUCGGAGUCUAUGCUGUCGGUGCAGGUGCAGCGGCCGGAAGACCUGUCCACGUUCCGCCACGCGUGCGGAGGCGUCGUGCUCAACCAGUACUGGGCGGUCACCGCGGCCCACUGCAUCGCUUCUCGCCUUCAGGACAUGACCUUGUUGUCGGUGUUGUCCGGCACAACACGGCUUCACGAGGGCGGCACGCGACACAAGCUGCAGGCGGCCGUCGUCCACCCGGGCUACGACAGCGACUCACUGCUGCACGACAUAUGCAUCCUUAAGGUUGCGGAGCCGUUCCCGCUGGACGGAGUGAAGGUGGCCGCAGCGACGCUGCCGCAACAGGGGCAGUCCGUGCAAGACGGCGCCGUCGCCACCGUCGUCGGAUGGGGGCUCUUGCAGGAGGCGGACAACCAGCCGUCGGAGCGGCUGCAGAAGGCGGAGCUGUGCAUCGUGAACCAGGAGGAGUGCCGGCGCGUGUACAAGACCGUGGGCGACCGAGUGCACGACACCAACCUGUGCGCCGGCGUGGCCCAGGGCGGCGUGGGCGCGUGCCAGGGCGACUCGGGCGGCCCGUUGUUCGUCGACGGCGUGCUGGUGGGGCUUACGUCGUUCUCAUAUGGCUGCGCCCGGCGCAACUUCCCGGCCGUCUUCACGCGUGUCGCCUCGUAUGUUGACUGGAUAAUGCAGCACAUACAGUGA